UACAAGAACGUGUGCAUGGUACCGGUACUACGAGUACGACUUACUUUUGAUGCAGGAAUUCCAAAACUAGCAUCACACAACAACAACAUUAAUAGUGACCAUGGUAAAUGAUCCCAGAGUAACGACACUUCUUGGCCGUCUAGGUGGUCUGUAUAGAGAUCCCAAUCGAGUCGAUCGCGAUGCUUCAAGUCUUUUGAAGAGCUCAGUCGGGAUUCAUUUGACGCCCGGGAUUGCUCCCCUGGUCGAAAACAAUGGCGAUUCUUUUCAUUGCCUAGUGCUUCAGGGAACGAUAGCCAUAGUGUAUAGGGGAAACACUUAUCAGCUUCUGGUGGACAUCUAUCUUCCAGCGGGAUAUCCGAUCCGACCUCCUAUCUCGUAUGUUCGGCUCGCAGAGAACAUGGUGCGUGCAGGCAUUGUACAGCAGGCAUGUCGGUUGCUUUUCUUUUCCGACUUUCUCGGAUGGUUUCCGUAUUUGCCGCGGCGGUGUUUGCUCUAUGAUUCAAACUGAAAGUGACGCGCAUACCUAACCCUUCUAUUUUUGAAUCGAAUCGGAUGGAUACGAAUCGAAUCGAAUCCAAUUUAAACCGAUUGCGUGUCACAACGUAUCGAAUCGUCCGUGCUCAUUUCGAUCGUUUCUUGUUGUUUUGUCGACGCGUUCUUUUGAACACAAACCUACACUCGCAGUACCUGAAAGAAAAACACGAUCAUGUAGGAAGCGAUGGCAUGGUCUACCUUCCCUAUACAAACGAAUGGAAUGCACGGACGCACAGCCUGAUAGAAAUGGUCGUAGCCAUGAGCAGCGUCUUCUCCGCGGAUCCGCCAGUCUUCACACGUGCUCCCGCACCGCCACCGCCACCGGCCUACUCGAGCUAUGUAACAAGUGCCAGUUCCAGUAGCAGCAAAAACAAAAACAACAAUAGUGACACCUAUUCCCAGGCAUCAUCAUCGGCAGCAGCAGCGAGAACAAAGCCCCCMCAUGCCCUUAGGAAUGGAGUCAAUCAGGACCGAUACAUGCAGGAACAGAUUGCAGCCAUCAUGGCCAAGGAAGCAGAAGAUGCCAAUCGCGCGUCGGAAAUAGCUCGCAGAGCAGAAGAGGAUGAGAGGCGACGUGGGGAACAAAUUGCCGCCCAACGGAAAUGGGAAGAAAAGAAACUCGAGCAAAUCAAAACAGACGUGAACCGAAAAAUUAAAUCCUAUCUCAUAAGUUUUUCCGAAGACACGAAAAGUGCUCUCUCAGCCGAUUGGAGAGAUCAAGAGUAUCUGAAAGAAAGUAGGGAAUAUAUGCAAAAAGAAAUAAAAGAGUUGAUUGAAAGGAAGAAAACGUUGAAAGAGCAUAUCGAUACCGUCGAUAUCAAGACGGAAGAAAUCAAAAAUUGGUUAGCUGAGAGCAAAAAAGUUACGGACGAGGAGCUGGAAGUUGAUGAUAUCUGCCAACCGGUCAACAAAUUGGAUGCACAAAUGCUAGAUCUAUCGGCGGAAAGUGCCGCUCUGACAGAUGCCAUGUACUUCUUAGAUAGAGGCAUGUACAUGGGACAACUUGAUUGCACUACCCAUCUUAAAAUGAUUCGGAAGCUCGCCAAACGACAAUUUCUGAUUCGAGCACACUUAAUCAAAAUCAAUCAAGUGAUUGCAAAAAGGCAACAAUAGAAACAUGGGCACCACUUACCAA